CAAGGACAGUCCAACAACUGUGCAAUUCCUGCACGCGAGUAGAUUUUAGCGUCGAGCAUGGAAUCGCGGACAGAAUUUUCCCGGAAGACCGUGUGUUUGAAAUUAAGACGGUUGAAAGUGCCACGGAGUGUUUUGCUGAAUGCUCGCUGGAUUGUCGCUGUUUGUCGUUCUCCGUUUGUGAAAUGUCCUGUCACCUGAAUUCUGGAAGUCAAAAUUUGACGCGAAGUCCUCUGGUGCACAAGCCUGGAUGUCGAUACUAUGAAUUUCCCACUCCAAAGAAUACAUGCCUCGAAUCGCAAAGUCGACAACCUAUUUGUUGUUUACCCUCGUCUGAUCUGUGCUUCAACGGAGGAUCCUGCUCUGAAGACGAGACAAGGAGAUUCAAAUGUCAAUGCGCGGAUGGUUACUAUGGAAGACAGUGUAAUAUUGAGAAUCCUACAACAUGCUUGGAUUACUGGACAGAUCAAGUGAAGCCGUUGUCUGGAGAAUACAGCGUGGUCGGCCCUGACGGAAAAUCUUAUAAAAUCUUUUGCGAUUUCGACUCCGAGGACAAGAUGGCUUGGACACUUUUUCAGUCGUUCGAUGUCGCCCACGAGGCUCCGUUAAUGUAUAAGUCAUUAUCCGCGGAUUUACCACUGAAUGAGCAUGAUCUGAACUGGAAGCUGUUUCGCCUGCCAAAAUCCGUUAUGUCAUCCAUGCGGUUAUUUUCCACGUUUUGGCGGGGAACCUGUUCCUACGCAACGUAUGGCGUGGAUUACAGAGAUUACCUUAGAGUGCGUCUAUCUAUGAUGAAUCCCUUAGAUUACAAAAAGUAUUAUUCUGAUAUUAAGACUAAUCCUUGUAUAACAGUCGAUUAUCUCGACAUUAAGGGGAAUAAUUGCGAAGGUUGUAGUCAGAGUUUUCUGCAGCACGAUACCAAUGCACUUCACAUGAAACCAAAGCAAAGUCGUGAGCAAACAAGUUGUACUUUUAACUCACUCGGCAUUGAGUAUAGAUGUCCUAAUGGGGGUGGACGUUAUGCGCAUAUCUUAGGGCUAUAUUCUAAGACUUGCCUCGAUCCGAAUUAUAGAUGCACUCUAAAUGAGAAUUCUACAACUGAAUUUUGGUUCGGUGCUAAAAAAACGAAUUAG